AAAAAUAGUCGAUGCUUUUAAAAAGUUUUCGAGUCUUCGCACGGAAAAAAUCAUGGCAAAUAAGGACUUGGUUGUGAAUCAGUUAAAUGAUUUCAUCGAACAUUCGGAAAAUAGAAUAGAUGCCCUGCUUUCCAAGUUUGGUUGGACCAAAGACAAUCUUUUGCAAACGGAAUCUAUUGCGCCAAACGAGCAGGUAGCAGAUGUCAACGAAAGACCAAAACUAGAAGAAACAUUUCCCCCUUCUUUUCACUCCAUCAAUGCGCCCUUUUCUAUACGAAUGGACAGUGUCAAACAAGCAGAAGCCAUACUGGAAGGACUCUAUCAGAAUCCAUCGUUUGAACUAGGUGUUCCUUUGGAGGCGAUAUGCUCGCGUGAUCCUCCAACCAGUCUUGAAGAGUUACACGUAAACUUUACUCCUGAGGAACGCUUGUUGCUCUACGAACAUGCUGUGAAAAAUACUGUGCACCCGCCCAAUGUACCUGACAUAAAAAUACGCUUCAAACCGGACUCUCAUUCGGAGGAAAAACAUGCAUCAUGGCCUGAAAUAGCGGCAAUGGAGCGAGACUCCCGAAGGCGAAACCCAAAACAUCGCGUAGCUAGGAACCCGCUUACAUACAAUGAAGAAUUGCGCCAUCUGAUCCAUAUUCAAACGGAAGCGUUAACGCAGCACCUACAGCAAGAAGCAACCGCACAACAGAAAGUCGAAGGUGGCCCAUCGCACAAGAAAGCAAAGCGUCGUCGAAGAUCACGCUCCAUCUCAGGCGCUACUGAGCGUCGGCAUGGAAAGAAAAAACGAAAGCGCAGUCGGUCUCGUUCGAAAGACAGCUCUCGGAAACGUCUAACAACUCCGGAGCGCAAGGAGCGCAAAAGCCAAAAGAAACACAAAAAGAAACACGAUCGAUAGGCGAGAAUUUAUUCGCUAUAUUCACCAA